CCAAUACCCCCGUCAAUCCCUCAUAUCGCCGCCGGCAAUGGCUUCCAAACUCUUUCCCGCCGUCCCGCGGACUGGCCGUCAGCUUUUCCAGAACUUCCCUAAGACUCAAUUCAGACCUUUCUCGGCUGGUCCGCAACGUUGCAGCGACUCCCUUGCCGUGCACCGCAACAAGCCCGACAACAACCCGUCCGUCCCUUUUAAGUUCAACGACCAGAACCUCAAGCUCAUCGAUGAGAUCCUCAAGCGCUACCCCCCUCAGUACAAGAAGGGUGCCGUCAUGCCCAUCCUUGAUCUGGGCCAGCGCCAGCACGGCUACACUAGCAUCAGCGUCAUGAACGAGGUUGCUCGCCUCCUCGAGAUGCCCCCCAUGCGUGUCUAUGAAGUCGCAACUUUCUACACCAUGUACAACCGUGAGCCUGUUGGCAAGUACUUUGUGCAGCUCUGCACGACGACACCCUGCCAGCUUGGUGGUUGCGGUAGCGACAAGAUCGUCAAGGCUAUCACGGAACACCUGGGCAUCACCCCCGGCCAUACCACCGAGGACGGUCUUUUCACUUUCGUUGAAGUCGAAUGUCUGGGUGCCUGUGUUAACGCUCCCAUGGUCCAGAUCAACGACGACUACUACGAGGAUCUCACCCCGGAAUCCAUCAAGACUCUCCUCACCGCGCUCAAGGAUUCGGCAACCGCUGCUGAAGCCGGCAAGCCCGUCAAGGUACCCGCCCCUGGCCCGUUGAGUGGAAGACAGACCUGCGAGAACAGCGCCGGUCUCACAAACUUGGUGGAGCCCGUCUGGGACCCGGAGACGAUGAUGAGAAAGGAUGGAGCUUUGGAUCAGCCCGCGCAAUAAAUGAAUGUCAGCCUAUAAUUUGAAUACAGUUUCGAUGCCGUGCGUUGGAAGGUUCGGGUAGUUCCUCAUGUUUUUCCCUUUUCCUCGUUCUAUAUCUUUUCCUUUUCUUCUAUCUAAAACAUUCCUGGCUGGUGACUCUCGGACACGGUCACUCGGAUAACGCUUAUGUACAGUACGUUGUGCCUCAGAUUUGCUUGCUUCCUGUUGUGUAGGGAGAAAGACCGGGUCAUGGUGGGAGUCAUCUGAACUACCAUAGAAGGUUUUGUUAGCAGCACCCAAUGGAGUCUCUUAG